AUGGCGCUGACGUGCUACAACAAAGGCUGUGGGCAGAAGUUUGACGCCGACAAGAACAAUGACGAUUCGUGCCUCUUCCAUGCAGGAGUUCCCAUCUUCCACGAUGCUCUGAAGGGUUGGUCGUGCUGUAAGAAAAGGACGACAGACUUCUCAGAGUUUCUCUCCAUCCAGGGCUGCACCCGCGGGCGCCACAGCAACGAGAAGCCCCAUGAGCCUUUGCUGCCGGAGGUGUCAUCAGAUAAGGGCAGGAUUAAACACACCAACAACGGCCAAGAAAUAAUCUACCAGGGACCCAAAUCUGCUGAGAAGCUGCAGAAAGAGAGACCCAGUUCAGACGAGCCUAUGACGAAGCUUCCUCACAAAGUCUCUGCAUCGUUGGCUAAAGAGCUGGAGAAGCUGGACAUCACCAAGAAGGCCAAAGACAAGGAGAACGAGAGUCAGACAGUCAUGGCCGGGACGCGAUGCAAGAACGCAGGAUGCAAAACAGUGUAUCAAAGUCCAGAGACGGACCUGGAGAUCUGCACCCAUCAUCCUGGAGGACCCGUCUUCCACGAAGGGUACAAGUACUGGAGCUGCUGCUGUAUUAAAACCAUAGACUUCAACGCUUUCCUCGACCAGAAGGGCUGCACAGCAGGAAAACAUCGCUGGGUCCCGAAACAGGACAAGAAGAAAGUGGCGUGUCGAUUCGAUUGGCACCAGACGGGAAAAAAUGUCGUCGUAACGAUCUACGCCAAAAACACGAACCCAGAGAUUUCCUUUGUUGAGGCCAAUCGGACAGUGCUUUCAUGUCAACUCCAGUUUGAGAACGAUAAGAUUUUCAAGAAGGAAUUCCACCUUUGGGGCGUAAUCGAUGUCAAGCAGAGCUCGAUCAACAUGGUCCCAUCCAAAGUGGAGAUCUACCUCCGCAAGGCCGACCCGGUUUCUUGGGGCAAACUAGAGGACCCCAACUACAAACCGCCGCCCGAACCCGCAGACGACCCCUUCCAGGAAUCCGUCAACGAUUUUUACAACAACCCCGACUACGACAUCGACGAUGACGACAUCAGCGAGUCGGACGAGGAGUGGAGUAACGAAAUGGCGCCGCAAAAGACAGAGGAGCAAGAGGCGCAGAAAAAGAAAGAGGAAGCAAUAACGGCCUUUCACACGAAGGAGCUGGAGGAGGAGAUGAAGAGAGUUUCGGAGCAGCAGAAGAAGGAAGAGGAAGACAGGAAGAGGAAAGAGGAGCUAAGGAAGCAGGAUGAAGAGGAAGGGUUCGACGAAAUGCCUGAUCUAGAGUAAACUCUCACAGCUCUGGUUAAACACACUGGAUCCUUUCUAUUUAAUUUAAUGAUAAUGCUCAAAAUAGCUCUGUUUUUAAUCUUCAAAUGUGGAUAUAUACUCAACACUCCUGGCUCCAUCUUCAAUACAUCAAAUAAAGACUUUUCU